AUGGCAAACACUUUCAAUAUUGUGUGGUCCGGUCCCAAGUUAGAUGGGAAACUUGAUUAUAGUUAUUGGGAGACUUUGAUGUCUACCCAUUUGAAGGCCCAGAACCUGUGGAAUUUCAUUGAACCGGGUUUGCAAGAAGGAGUAGAUGCUGCCCAACAAAGGAGAGAUCAAUUGGCGCUAUCUCAAAUUCAUCAAGGAGUAGAUUAUACGGUGUUUGGCAAAAUAGCAAAUGCCAAAAGUGCAAAGGAAGCAUGGAACACGUUGAAGCUAUCAUACAAAGGCGUAGAUAAAGCUCAGAAAGCAAAGCUACAGUCUUUGAGAAGAGAAUAUGAAAGGUAUGAGAUGUCGAGCUCAGAAACUGUUGAGCACUAUUUUACUCGUGUUACAGAUCUUGUCAAUAAGAUGAGAGUCUAUGGAGAAGAUAUGCCCGAUAGAAAAGUAGUGGAGAAAAUUCUUCGCACCAUGCCGAUGAAGUAUGACCAUGUGGUGACUACGAUACUAGAGUCCCACGAUAUGGAUACUAUGACAAUUGCAGAAUUGCAAGGAACCAUGGAAAGCCACAUCAGUAGAAUACUGGAGAAGUCAGAAAAAUCAACCGAGGAAGCCCUGAAAAGCCGAGUGAAUUUCAACAACAUUGCAGAAUCAAGCCGUACACAAGAAGGACGAGGUCGUGGUUUUAAUUUUCAAAGUAGAGGCAGAGGAAGUUUCAGAGGUAGAGGUCGUGGCAAUUACAACCAAGGAAGUUACAAUAACUUUACACCACCUAAUCAAGGAAGAGGUGGAAUGAAUUUUAGGCCUGUCAACCGAGGAAGAGGUCGAGGCAAUUUUUAUCAAGAAAGAACCAAUUUCAACUGCUUUCAUUGUGGAAAGUAUGGACACAAAGCAACAGAUUGCAGAUUCAAAGUGGUGAAUAACAAUCAAGCACACGUUGCAGAAAAUCAGCAUCAAAAUAAUGAUGAUAAUCCGGGUACUCAAACUUUAUUUUUUACAAGUAAUUCAUGUGCUGAAGAUGAAAAUAUAUGGUACUUGGAUAAUGCUUGCAGUAACCAUAUGUCUGGUAGAAAGAGACUACCUGCUAGAUUAGCAGAUUAUGAAGUUGGCAAUGACAACGAUCCGUCCGAUGAAGAGAUCAUAAAUUUUGCUCUAUUUUCAGAUUGUGAGCCGUUGAACUUUGAAUAA